AUGAAUGUGACAGUGGAGCUCGAUCUGAAACCUGUGGUGGUUGUUCGGAAACCUAGCAACGACGAUCUUAGAUUUGAGACCCUAGGCGGCAGUGAUUUUCAUGAUCAGGCGGGCGGAGUAGUUCUCGACAAUCCACUCCACCACCGGACCUUUACUAUAUUCUCCGCCCUUACAACAAUGGCUGAAAUAGUACUUUCUGCCUUCUUCUCGGUGUUAUUUGAAAAGCUAGCCUCUGAUUCGUUGAAGAAGCUAACUCGCCUUAAAGGAAUUGAUUCCGAGAUCAAGAAACUGAAGCGAUCACUAAACCAGAUCAAAUUUCUGCUUAAUGAUGCUUCUCGUAAGGAAAUAACUGAUGAAAGUGUUAAAGAGUGGCUUAAUGGUCUCCAACAUCUGGCUUACGACAUUGACGACCUACUUGACUAUUUGGAAACCGAAGCUAUGCAUCGUGAGUUGACCAAGGAACGGGGAGCCUCCAUAAACGUGGUAAGAAAUCUCAUCCCGACUUGUUGCACAAAUUUCUCAGUAAGUACAAGUAUGCAUAGCAAGUUGGAUGAUAUUACCACCAAGUUACAAGAACUGUUCGAGGAAAAAGAAAAUCUUGGUUUAAGUGUGAGAAGUGAAAGCCCAAAACAGAUGAACAGACGAUUACAGACCUCUUUGGUUGAUGCAUCUAGUAUUGUUGGGCGUGAAGAUGAAAAGGAUGCGUUGCUCCACAAGCUACUCCGGGAUGAAGCAUGUGAUAAAAACUUUAGCAUCGUGCCCAUAGUUGGUAUGGGUGGGGUAGGUAAGACCACUCUAGCUAGACUUUUGUAUGACGAAAUGCAAGGGAAUGCUCACUUCGAACUCAAGGCGUGGGUUUGUGUUUCCGAUGAAUUUGAUAUCUUCAAUAUAAGUAAAGUUAUCUUUCAAUCCAUAGGCGGGGAAAACAAAGAAUUUAAGGACUUAAAUCUUCUUCAAGUAGCUUUAAAAGAGAAGAUCUCAAAGAAAAGAUUUCUUCUUGUUCUUGAUGACGUGUGGAGUGAAAGCUAUACCGAUUGGGAAAUUCUAGAACGCCCAUUUCUUGCAGGGGCACCUGGAAGUAAGAUUAUCAUCACCACUCGGAAAAUGUCGUUGCUAACCCAGUUGGGUUACAAUCAACCUUACAGUCUCUCGGUUUUAUCACGUGACAAUGCUGUAUCUUUAUUUUGUCAACAUGCAUUUGGUGAAAAUAACUUUGAUUCACAUCCAACACUUAAACCACAUGGGGAAGGUAUUGUCGAAAAAUGUGAUGGUUUGCCAUUGGCUUUGAUAGCACUUGGGAGGUUAUUGAGGACAAAAACAGAUGAGGAUGAAUGGAAGGAACUUUUGAAUAGUGAGAUAUGGAGCUUAGGAAAGAAAGAUGAAAUUACUCCAGCUCUUAGACUAAGCUAUCAUGAUCUUUCUUCCAAUUUGAAGCUGUUGUUUGCAUAUUGUUCCUUGUUCCCUAAGGACUACAUGUUUGACAUGGAGGAAUUGAUUCUAUUAUGGAUGGCAGAAGGGUUUUUGCGUCAAUCAACGAAAGGGAAAUCAAUGGAACGCAUGGGUGUUGAAUGUUUUGAAGACUUGUUAUCAAGGUCAUUUUUCCAACAUGCACCCAAUGACAAAUCGUUAUUUGUGAUGCAUGACCUGAUGAAUGACUUAGCCAUGUUUGUUGCUGGAGAAUUUUUUUCAAGGUUAGACAUUGAGAAGAAGAAGGAAAUUGGGAAGGAUGAUCCGGGUAAGUAUCGCCAUAUGUCAUUUGUUUGUGAGAAGUAUAUGGUUUACACAAAGUUCGAGGCAUUCAAAGGAGCUAAUAGUUUGAGAACAUUCUUAGCAUUAUCUUCUGAGCGAAACAGUUGGCAACAAUUCCACUUAUCGAAUAAAAUUCUGACAGACUUAGUUCGUGAUUUACCAUUAUUAAGGGUCUUAAGUUUCAGUGAACUUAGCAUAAGCGAGACAUUGAUUGUUUCUGGCUGUUAUGGUUUGAAAAAGUUGCCUGAGAACUUCUCAAAGCUUAAAAAAUUGCGGCAUUUUGACAUGAGGGAUACUCCACUUUUGAAGAAGAUGCCAUUAGGGAUUGGUGAGUUGAAAAGCCUACGGACUCUCUCUAAGAUCAUUAUUGAAGGAGACAACGGUUUUUCAAUAACCAAGCUUAAAGAUCUAAAGGAUCUCCAAGGUAAAAUUUCCUUUAAGGGGCUUGACAAAGUGCAAAAUCCGAUGCACGCACAGGAAGUGAACUUAUCCCACCGGAGGCUAAGUGAGUUAGAGGUGGAAUGGAGUGAUGUAUUUGAUAAUUAUCGAAAGGAAGUAGUUGAACAGGAGGUCCUGAAUGCGAUGAAGCCUCAUAACGAAAAUCUAAAACAUCUCAGCAUUGUGUCAUAUGGAGGUACAAAGUUUCCGAGUUGGGUUGGGGAUCCCUCAUUUCAUCGGUUGGCUGAAGUGACAUUAAAUGGUUGUAAGAAGUGUACAUCUCUACCGCUACUCGGCCAGCUACCAUCACUUAAGCAGUUGGUUAUUGAAGGCAUGGAUGAGGUGAAAGUUGUGGGUUUGGAGUUUCUUGGGACAACUGACCAUGCAUUCCCUUCACUUGAGUUUCUAAGUUUUAGAGAUAUGCAGGGGUGGGAGGUAUGGUCAACCUAUAAUAGUGGGGCUGUUGAUACAGCAUUUCCAUGCCUUCAAGAGCUUUGGUUAAAUGGUUGUCCUAAUUUGGUUGGAAUCUCAAUUGAAGCAUUACCAUCGCUGAGGGGUCUAAGUAUAUGUGAUUGUGGUCAUGAGGUGUUGACAAGUCUGGUUCGUGUCGCUUCAUCAGCCACCAAGUUGGAUAUAAAUGGUAUUUCAGGACUUAAUGAUCAGGUGUGGGGAGGUGUUAUAGAGUAUCUUGCGGCAGUUGAAGAAGUAAGGAUCACAGGGUGUAAUGAAAUAAGAUACUUGUGGGAAUCAGAAGCAGAGGCAAGUAAGGUUCUUGUGAAUUUAAGGACGUUGUUUGUAAAUAAUUGUUCAAAUUUGGUGAGUUUAGGAGAGAAAGAGGAGGAUAAUUGUGCGAGCAACCUAACAUCUCUUACGACCUUGACCCUAUGGAGUUGUAAAAGCUUGGAGCAUUGCAGCUGUCCAAAUAACCUUAAGUCACUUACCAUCCAAUCUUGUAAUAAAUUAACGGAAAAGGAGUUGGUAGGAGGACAAGAGAAGACUAAGGCAGUGAUCAGUUCGAACAUAUUGAUGCUUGAAUCUGUAGUUAUAAUUGAUUGGCCAAAUCUGAAAUCGGCUUUGGCCUCCAAAAUUGUGUCACCUUGCAAUAGGGGGGUUGAAGAAGCCCAUUUCAAAGUGGGGUCCACAGAUUUUUCCAACUUCACUUGUGAGCAUAAGUUUAAGAGGUGGAAAGUCGGAAGAUAUUUGAGAAACUGGAAUCAAUUUCAAUGGAACUCCAACACCUCACCUCCCUCCAGCAUCUCCAUUUCUAAUUGCCCAAAGACCAUAAAUCUACCAGAAAUGUUGUUGCCUUCACUUUUGAGUUUGAUGAUAUUUAAAUGCCCAAAUCUUGAAGAAAGGAGUUACAAACUUAAUCUGAAGGUAAAGUGUGAGCAGAAACCGAUACAUUCCUGAUUUCUGCAUAUGCUUCUCUACAACUUUCAAGGGGUAAUACAAAUGUUUUGUUCAUUGCCAACAAGUUGUAUACGAAACAUUAGAAGCUCAUCUAUAUAUGUAUCAAUAAUGGGAAAAUAAAUAAGUACAAGGGGUUUAUUACUUGUAUUUUAUUUAACAAAAUAGAAAGGAGAAAUCAUUUUUAAUUAUUACCAUUUAUUUGCAAGAGUUUUUUGAACAAACAGAGUGCGUUGUAUUUUCAUUUUAACAGGGAAG